AGGGAGAGGACGGGACCGCCGGUCGCCAUGGCCACAGCAACAGACCAGGUGGUUGGAUUCGGCUUGGUUGCCUUCAGCCUCGUCCUCUUUGUUUAUUACACCCUCUGGAUCAUCAUACUGCCCUUCAUCGACAGUGACCAUGUCAUCCACCAGUACUUCUUGCCCAGGGAGUAUGCAGUGAUCAUCCCCGUGGUAGCUGGGCUGCUGCUGCUUCUAUUUAUAGGUGUUUUUAUAAUGGUUGUGAUGUGGAAGAGCAGGAAACCUACCAAGAAAUCAGACUGAAGCCCAGCUGGGAUGAGAAGGUGCCCACUCUGCAGCAUCCUUGCCAGGAAAAGACUUUGCUGGCAGCAGUGGGCAGAUGCCUGCUCCAGAGCCCUCAGCGCUGAGCCGGCUGUGUUCUCCCAUGUUCCUUCCUGCAGAGAUGAAGCCACCUGUAGUUCACAACUUACUGACCAAAGGGAAGCAAACCUGACCUUGGGGGCUCAUUACAAGAGGGGCCAGAGCCCCAGCUGUGAGGGGCCUGCUCCCCGACUGGGGCUCCUAUACCACCUGUGCUUCGACCCACGCUGGCUGGAGGACCUGGAACUGAGUCAAGCCCCGAGCCCUGCCCACUGCUCACCUUCUGGAUAAUCCUUCCCCUUUGCUCUUGCCCUGUCCAGCAGUUUGUUCCUUCUGUGGUUUUUGUUAGUUUUUUUUAAUGUUUACAUAUAGGAUGUGGUUUGUUUUAAAAUGAAGUCAAGUUUGGGAGGAAAGAAAUGAGACUUUGGGCUAGGGAAAGGCAGGCUUGCAUUCCCCAUUUGCCUGCUGGAAGGGCUAAUCAUGGUGCUGUUGGGCUCUUGCAUUCCUGAAGAGGGAUCUCUGUGAGGCUGGAUGUGCAGAGGUAGCAGGGACUGUGCAACCACUGUCCUCUGUGUCCCCUCCUGCAGUCCUACAGCUGAGAGGCGGUGAGAUGCCCUGGGUCACAAGGAAGUAUUCAGGGUGUGGUUGCCAUCCCAGCUGUCAACAGCUGGCUGGAUUCCUCUACCCAGACAAGGCUUCACAUGCCAGCUGUGCUGGGGCUGGCGUAGUGGCACCCUGUCUUUCCCCUAUGGGGUUUCUUUUCCUGGCAGCAGCUGCUGCCCUGAGCUGCAGUGUCCUGGCAGCUCCCACAGACCACAAGAAGUGUGAUUACCCUCAAUAAAGGUCCACAAGGUCCAGUCCCUGUCCUUACCCUAUGCCAAGGGGGUGAUGCUGGCCUGCUGAAAUGGUUUCUGCUGUGUG